AAACGAAAGACUAAACCUCUGGAAAAUGUGAGUACACUCUCUCUCGGGAAAGUGCAUCACCAGCUUUGCUCUUCCAAAAUCGAAAGGCAGGGGCUUCUUCUCCAAACCCAUUUCGUGAAGAAGCGGCAAAGAUGAAUAGAUCUAUGCAAGUUGAUGAAGGGUUAAUGAUCAUAGAAGAGGCAAUUCAGAAAGCAAAGAAGAUUGUGGAAGGAUUCCCAGAGACAAAGUUCACCACGGAAGAAUAUAUGAAGUACUAUGCGUAUCCUUUAUCGUCUGCAAGCUUUACACCUUCAUGCAAACACAUAAACUAUAUGUUGCCAUAUAUGUGUAGCUGUUUAGUGGACAUUGUCAUGCAUGCAUGCAUUUUUUGUAUAGGGGUUUAUGUAAUCCAAAACUGCUGGUUGAAUGGAGGAGAUUUCCUUCACCCUUUCCUUAGAUGUGUUUAUAUUAUGUGCGAUAAGCCUGGGGCAGGAAAUGAGGCGUUGCUAUAUGAGAAAUUUAAGAACAGCUUGGAAGACAUCAUCAGCUCCUUGGCACUGCCCUCGUUGGCAGCGAAAGAAAAUGAGCUUCUGUUAAGGGAACUUGUACAGAUGUGGUCAAAUUACAAGAUAAUGGCAAGAUGGCUAUGUAGAUUCUUUGAAUACUUGGACCGCUAUUAUAUCCCCCGUCAUUGUCUUGUUUCACUUACUGACACCUCAAUUGAUUGCUUUUGUAAUCUGGUCUUCAAUGGGUUGGCUAACAGAAUUCAGGCAGCUGCAAUGUCUCUGAUUAAUCAAGAGCGUUAUGGACAACUGAUUGAUGCAAAGAUGCUUCAAGAUGUCAUGAGUAUCUUUAUGGAAAUUGGUCAAAAUAGAUCACCAUCAUACUACGAAAUCAUUGAGCAGGCUGUGCUCGGAGAAACUGCCACUUUCUAUUCCCAAUUAUCUUCACAGUGGCUUUUGUGCGAUUCGUUGACUGAUUAUAUCCGGAAGGUGAACUUGUGCAUUUUGCAGGAGAAAGAAAGAGCUGGCCGGUAUCUACAUCCCACAUCUGUGGUGAAGUUAAUACAGGUUGUGCGAUUCCAGUUGCUGGAUCUGAAUGCAAAUAAGUUGCUUGAAAAGCAGAAGUCUGAAAACUGCAGUCAACUGGAUUAUCAGGAGAUAUUGUCAAAGUGUGCCUGCUUAAAUCUUGGAGAGGACAGCUCUACAUCAACACUAGUGGAAAAUCUCUGUUCUUCAAUGGCACAAUCAGCUCAUAUUCAUUAAGUUUACCCAGAAUUUCUAUGAAAAGAUCACAUCUGUUUGUAUUUUGGGCAGAGAUCAAAUGAUCAUGAUUCAUUUGUCAGGGGGUGUAGAAUGCUUUAUGAAAGUUUUCAUGUAGAUUUUGGAACAUGAAAGAAAGUUACUAUUCUCCUUAAUCAAAUGACCCCCUUUCUUGUGCU